AUGCUUAAGAGGAAAAGAGAAGAAGAAGAACGCAUUUCAUACCUCAGGGAGGCUGCUGAAACUUUUGCGAAAAACUCAACCCCGAGCUCGUGGAAAGAGUAUGCGGAGAAACGGGCCAUACCACAACGUCCUCACUUUGAUCCACUGAGAUCGUUCCCUCAUGCUCUUCGCGAGAGGUUUGCCUUUGUUCAAGAAAUGAAGAACCGAUCAGAACCGACUGAAUUUCCAUUCAAGUUUCAGGUGAAGCCACACCAAAAGAAACGAGUUUUUUGCGGAGCCCGAUGGAGGGAGCGAGAGGAGGACAAUGAGAGCGCCACGAGGCCAAGUAAGCCACACCAAAAGAAACAAGUAUGGAGGGAGCGAGAGGAGGACAAUGAGAGCGACAAGAGGCAAAGUAACCUAGAACCGAUCCCUCUGGAUGUAGUAGAGGUGGAGAUACUAACUAGAUUGCCGGUAAAGUCUGUUAUGAGGUCACGAUGCGUGUCAAAGACGUGGUCUUCCAUCAGAAGCCAAGCUUUCAUCGACUCUUACUACGCUAUGUCCUCUGCCACGCGGUCGCGGUUUGUCAUCGUUUUCGGAAACGGUGUAUUCGUCAAGAAACCUUCCAAGCGUCUCUUCAUCUUCUCCGGAGAGCAAUCUUCUUCUUCUUCUUCUUCUUCUUCUUCUUCUUCUUUGCUUGCUGCCAAUCUCGACAUGACAAUACCUUACUUGACCACGCCUUACGGCUCCAAGUGUCCUUCCGUCCAUGGCUUUGUCGCUUAUUGUUAUGGUCAUCGGCUAACUAUAUGUAACCCUGGCACGGGCCAAGUCGUUACCUUACCUGUUAAAGGAGUCCGCACAACCUUGGGAUACGAUCCUGUUGACCAGCAAUUCAAAGCAUUGACCCUUUUGUCUACUCGUGAAGGUGGUCCUAAUUGUUUUACACAGCACGAGGUUAUAACACUUGGAAGAGGUGGAGAAUCAUCAUCUCGCAGUAGCGUAACCACCAAGGCUUAUAACCCUAUAACCAAGAGACUAUGCUUGAAUGGUUUCGUGUAUUAUGGUGCGUGGGGAAAUAGUAAAAGAACCAAGACGGUGAUUGUGUGUUUUGAUGUGAGGAACGAGGAGUUCAGUUUUAUCACAACGCUUCCCAAUGUCCUGAAUUGUGAUUCACAAUUGAUAGAAUACAAAGGCAAGCUCGCUGUCAUUGUGAAACACGGCUACUCUGCCUUCUUCGGCGGUUUCGAUUUAUGGAUACUAGAGGAUGUGAAGGAACAGGAAUGGUCUAGGCAAACAUUUCAGCUUCCCUACGAUUUGGUCGAUGUGACUUCCCCUGGCAUUAACAAGGCUGGUGAAAUCGUUUUUGCUUCCAAAAAAGUCUCACCUGAUCCCGAACCCUUCUACUUUUUCUACUACAACCUACGAACUAAAGACAUGAGAAGAGUUGAGAUCCAGUUGGUUGCACACGACCAAGCUUUUAGGAGCCGUUUUAAGUUAUUUGGCGACUGUAAUGUCUCUGUCUCCCUCCAUCACGUUGAUAGUAUUGCCUCUUUAUAA